AUGUCGACCUCUGCCGUUAUCUUCUGGGGACAAAAGAGCAUCGAGUGUAAGGUCAUCAUCGGCCUUCAAGGCACGAUAAAUGCGAUCAAUUGUCGUUCGGGGCACUUUUGUAAUUUUGACAAGGGCAGACCUCUUUUUGCCGUCACGGAGGAGGGAAGUGGCCUUUGUUCUUUUAUUACGGCGUCGCGUUCUUGUCUUUUUUUCUCAAUCGCGCUCUGCAUGCGCAUAGAUAGACCCAUGGUUCCCUGA